UCAUCAUCAUUGUGUUCUCUGCUGCUUAUUGAAAUGGAAAAUUGGAGAAAAGACCAAGGGAUCAGUAAUCAUCAAGUGGAUCAUUGGAGAUCUUCAUCUCAUAGCGAAAAACCACAUUUGGAUAACCGGCAUAUGAAUAUGCAUUCCAAUGUGAUGAACUGGGUAGACUAUGCCGUCAAAGAGGCAUUUGACGAUGCAAAAUUCAGGAUUUGGGCUGAGAACAAUGGCUUUCCAUGCAACAUGUACAUUGACCAUGCAGAUUGGGAUAAUGACAAAGAAGUAAUAAAGCCUCCGGAACCAAGUUAUGUUGCUGAAGGAUGGAGAUCAAGCAACCUUGAAAAUAAUGAAACAAACUCUUGGGAAAAGAAUGAUUCUCAAAUGUGGAUUCCAAAGGAGUACUAUGGGGGUGAGUUGCAUGACAUGUAUCAAGCAGGAAAUAGUGGGAACAGAAAUUGGGGAACAUGGGAAAGAAAUAACGUAAACACAGAAAAUAACAUGUCAUGGUCUCAGAACGAUGCAUAUCAGCAUGAUAAUAAUGAGUCUAAGAUGAAUCCAGAAAGAAGAACUAGAGGAAGAGGAAGAGGAAGAGGAAGAGGAAGAGGGAGAAGAGGAGGAGGAAGAAGAGGAAGGAGGGGAAACUAUACUCCCAGUUUAUGAUAAAUUUCUUGGAUGGCAAGAAUGUAAAA